GGCUUGAGCUAGUGUUGGUCGAAGAGAGGCGAGGCGAUGACCGAUGGAGAGAGACCGCGUGGAUGAUUCAUUCAUAUUCCAUACCCAAGUGGAGCUUGCUGGCCCCCUUGGUCGAGUGUCCGAGUCUAUUGAGCGGGUCACGAGUGCAAGGUGACAGUCUUUGUGGGGAUAGCUUGCCAUAAAGGAACUGCCUCUACCAUCUCCCCUCCCUCCCACCGCUUCGCCAUCCAUGCUGCUAGCGUGGGGUGUCAGUCGCAUUACCCUGAGGGCAGCAGUCACAACUAGCUGGGAAACAACAACAACAACAGCGGCAGUAGCAACAUUGUACAUCCCUUUAUCUCGCACGGCACGUAUUCCGCGACGUCCCCGAAGCACAAUGGCCAGCCCUGCACCUGGUUGGGACCUUAAAGCACGGCCUUUUCCCCAGGCGAGGCGCGACGACCAAGCGUCUAAGACGUACACGUCUGCAAACAAAGGCUCCGUCACCGUCCCCGAGCCGUAUGUUUGGCUCGAGACACCGCCAAGCCAGAGCCUCGAGACUAAGAAAUGGGUUCAGGAACAGGCCGACUUCACCCAAGCAUACAUCAGGCAGAAUCCGGAGCGAGAAGCAUUCAAGGAAAAGGUAGAGCAGAAUUUCUCGUACCCGCGCAUCAACAUCCCGGUCAAGAAGAAGAAUGGCAAGUUCUACUUGCACUACAACUCGGGUCUGGAUCCCCAAAGCACUAUCUACGAGGCGACCCAGGAGGAAAUUGAUGCAAUCGAAAAGAGCGACGGCUCAAAGCCGCCAGGAAGGGUCUGGUUCGAUGCCAAUCUUCUCAGCAAGGAGGGAACCAUCGCACUGACGAACACUCGUUUCUCGACUUCCGGUAAAUUGGUUGCGUACGGCAUCUCGGUGUCCGGCUCGGACUGGGAGACGAUUUACUUUCGUCAGACUUCGUCCCCCUUUGUCGCGGGAGAGGACAAAGAGUCCGCUUACAGCCCCAGUGGUGGUCCUGAUCGGCUCGAGGACUCUCUGGAGUACUGCAAGUUCACAUCUGCCACGUGGACGCCGGACGAUAAGGGCGUUUUUUACCAGACAUACCCCAAGCCAUCCAUCUCUGAAGCGGCGAAUGACUUUUCCAAAGGGACAGAGACGGACGCCAACCUCAACGCGCGCCUAUGGUACCACCGUCUCGGCACCAAGCAGUCGCAAGACAUUCUUGUCAUCGACAAGGACCCGAAGACGCCAACGGCGGGCUGGGGGACACAUGUGACCGAGGACGGGAAGUAUCUGGUGGUCUCUAGUUACAAGGACACAGACACCAAGAACAAGAUCUGGGUCGCCCAGCUGGAAGGCCAGCAGAUUGGAGAGGCUCUCAAAUACGUCGCUGUGGCCGGCGAGUACAAAUUCUCUCUAGACUACGUCGCGCACGACGGUUCACGGUUUUACUGGAUAACCAACAAAGAUGCUACUAACAGUAAAGUCGUCUACUCCGACCUCGACUUCUCCCAAGCGCGCUCCGCGAAGCAUAUAUCCGAGCUCGACACAUCUGCGCCGCUCCACGACCUCAUACCAGAGCAAGCCGACGCGACGCUCGCCGACGCGACAGUCGUGGCGGGCGACAAGCUGCUCGUCAACUACACGCGCGACGUCAAGUCCGAGCUGUGGCAGUAUGAGCUCAAGUCGGGGCAGCAGGUCAAACGAUUGCUCCCCGACUUUGUCGGAACAAUCGGUGGCAUUUCGGGACGGAGAGAGGAUCAGGAGGCUUUCGUCUCCACCACGUCCGAAACCAGCCCCGGCAGCACAUACCGCUUCACGUGGACCUCCGCUGCAUCAUCCUCUGCACCGACUGAAACACCUUUUGAGCGUACAUGGCUCACAACCAAGGUCGCCUCCAUCCGCUCGGAAGACUAUAUCUCCGAGCAGAUUUUCUUCCAUUCCACCGACGGCACUCGCGUUCCCAUGUUCGUCACGAGACACAAGGACACAAAGAUGGACAGUACGGCACCCGCGCUGCUUUAUGCGUACGGCGGAUUCAACAUCUCCAUCCAGCCAGGCUUCAGCCCCUGGAUGAUGACCUGGAUCACUGAGUAUGGCGGCGUGCUUGCCAAGGUGAACGCGCGCGGAGGUGGAGAGUACGGGCAGAAGUGGCACAAUGCAGGGCGGCUGCUCAACAAGAAGAACGUCUUCGAGGACAUUUUGUCCGCUGCUAAAUUCUUACACGAGAACAAGUACGCGGAAAAGGGCAAGAUCAUCAUCAACGGCGGCAGCAAUGGCGGUCUCAUGGUGGGCGCGUGCAUGAACAUGCUGACAGAGGAGCAUGGUAUUGGUGCAGGCAUCGGCGAGGUCGGCGUCAUGGACAUGCUCAAGUUCCACACCUGGACGAUCGGCUCAGCGUGGAUCGCCGAUUAUGGCAACCCAGAUGAAGAUCCCAAGAUCUUCGACUACAACUACUCCUACUCUCCGCUCCACAACGUUCAGGAGGGCAAGAUCUACCCAACAUACCUUUUGGCAUGUGCCGACCACGACGACCGCGUCGUACCCGCGCAUACCUUCAAACUCACAGCAGAGCUGCAGCACAAGCUCAAGGACAACCCGAAUCCGAUUUUACUGCGCGUCGACAUGAACGCAGGCCACGGCGCGGGAAAGUCAAUCCAGAAACGCAUCGAGGAGGUCGCGGAUCGCGUUGCCGUCGUCGGCUUGGCGCUCGGGCUUAAAAUGCGCGGCCGCGAGUAGCGCACAGGAGCUCUGAGAAGCACCCUGAAGUUCGCAGAGUGCAGAUGAAAUGUUACAGAGUCAAAGCGUUACGCAAUGAUGUGAGCCUAUGUAUAUUUGCAAUAAGACGGUUGCUGUUCUGAAAUA